AGGAAAUAAAUUCCAUAUGAGUUACUUCCUGCAGCCAUGUUAACUCAAUCUAAUCUGUGCUUCAAAGACCUUCAUUUGGACAAAGCGGAUGGGGGUGUGCGCCCAAGGAAGACACACACGGAACUGAUGUUUACCCUGUGGAGCUGCAAGAUGAUUCCUUUCCCGGCCACUGCGGUCGAGGUGCUAAGCAGACAGGUUCGCUGCUGUCUAUUUGAUGGUCAAAGGGUUCUCAGCAAUAUCCACACCGUCAGAGCAACUUGGCAAUCAAAGAAUCCCAAAACAUGGACCUUUUCUCCAAGAGUUACAGGAAUACUUCCCAGCCUGUUGGAUGGAGAAUGUUUCGUGAGGUCAAACUCUCAGUCGCCUGAGAUCGGUAUUCUGUUUGAAGUGGGCAUCACCUACGUUUAUCACUCAACUGGUCAUCGAGGGGAUUUGAGCUGUGGCUGGGUCUUCUUGCCUCUCUUUACUGCUGACGGAGCUCCUGUUCCCCACAGAACCUAUGAAGUUGUAUUAAAUGGUGGAACACCUUAUGAAAAAGGCUUGGAAGUGGAUCCGAUACUCACUCGAAGAGCUAACUUUUUAGAGCAGAUUUUGGUGUUCAGGAAGCAACCCAAACUCCUGGUGAAGCUGAAACCACCAGCCGGUUACAUGAGAAACGUCCUGAAGCUGCUUCCAGAGACGCUGGUCGGUCCCAAGUGCUACGCCCACCUACUGGCCUAUUAUCGACAAUUACUUGCGGAAGCCCUUCUUAAAGGCAGAAUUAAUAUGGAUAGUGCUGAUCUUAUCUGUAACCCAGUGCUGGCAACUUUCUCCGAACUACUGGAACAGACUGAUAUCGUAGAUGCUCUGCGGAGCGCUUGGUCUGAAAGGGAAUUAACCGUGAAGCGAUCAGAGAAGAGAGACGGGGAGUUCAUGAGACGGCUCUUUGUGCGGGUCUACCACGACAGUGUAUACCCUCUCCUGCGCUCCACCACCCUGCCGCCAAUCAAACAGGGCGACGACGAGGCCGAGGUCAGCAGGUGGAAGGACAUCGCCAACUUUUUACACCAAACAGCCGAGAAAAAUGGCUCGCUCUACAGCCUUCUCUCCCCAGAGCACGCCUACCAGGUGUUUGAUAUUUCGGAGAUAAGCUACGAUUUCCUGGGACUGACACGGAAAGCUGCAUCAGUCGACUGAUCUACACACACUACAAUUGCAACUAGUUUUAUUAAAAGGUGGCCAUCAACAUAAAA